GCCCCGAGAUGAAGCCGGCGGUGGACGAGAUGUUCCCUGAGGGCGCCGGGCCGUACGUGGACCUGGACGAGGCGGGAGGCAGCACCGGGCUCUUGAUGGACAUGGCAGCCAAUGAGAAGGCCGUUCAUGCAGACUUUUUUAAUCAUUUUGAAGAUCUUUUUGAUUAUGAUGACAUCCAGUGAGAUGCCCUCUGGUUGCAGGUGGGGCCAAGCCCUUGGUACAGAGCCGCAGUGUGAGCCUGUGCAGGACAGUUUCAGGUGGUUUUAAAGAACACGUGGCAAUCCCUUGAAUUUAGGACCUGGUUAACCAAGAAAGAUAAGAAUG